CUCUUCAGCGCCGUGCCGUUCGUCGCGUUCGGGUUCGUGGACAACACCGUGCUCAUCCACGCGGGCGACGCCAUCGACUCGACGUUCGGCGUCGCGCUCGGGCUGUCCUCGCUCGCCGCGGCCGCGCUCGGGCAAAUCUUCAGCGACACGAGCGGGGUGUUGUUCGGAAGCACGAUCGAGGGGUUCGUGCUGCGGUGCGGGCUCGCGGCGCCGUCGCUGACGCCGACGCAGCAGCUCGCGCGCGGCGUUCGCGUCGCGUCGACGCUCGGGAAAGUCUUCGGCGUGGUGCUCGGUUGCUCGCUCGGCCUCGUGAACCUCCUC